AUGAGUUCCCCACCUGAACAGAAAAACAAGCCUCAUGUGAAGCCAUACCAGCCUCUACCGCCAUUUCCAGCUCGAGCCAGAGAAGAAAAGAAUGAUGUUGGCUACCAAAAGUUUCUGGAACACAUAAAGGUCCUUCAAAUUAAUAUGCCAUUCAUAAAGAUGGUUGCACAAAUGCCUAAAUAUGCAAAAUUCCUCAAGGAACUUCUAACUAAUAGAAAAAAGAUGGAAGAGGUGAAGGAAGUGGUCCUAAAUGAGAAAUGUUCAGCUGUCAUUUUGAACAAACUGCCUAAGAAGAAAGGUGACCAGGGUAGUUUGACCUUGCCCUGUCAGUUCGGAAAUUUAGCAACUAUACAUACAUUGGCUGACUCACGGGAAAGUGUAAAUCUCAUGCCAUAUUCAUUUUUUAAUAAACUCGACCUUUCGGAGCCAAGGCCAAUUCAAAUGGCAAUUCACUUAGCUAGUAAAACGGUGACUUUUCCAAGGGGGUUAUGCGAGGACCUAUUGGUAAAAGUAGAUAAAUUUGUGUUCUCCGUGGACUUCAUUGUUUUAGAUAUGGAAGCGGAUCCUCAAGUCCCAAUCAUACUUGGAAGACCUUUCCUUAAUACCGUGAGUGCUAUAGUAGACAUGCGAGAUUCUGAGCUUACCCUUCAGGUGGGGGACGAAUCAGUUACAAUUGGAGUUGAUCAAGCCAUGAAGCACGCAAGGGUUAGUGAUGACACGACAUUUUCGGUAGAUAUGUUGGAAGAAUUAAUGGAAGAAUGGAAGGAAGACAAGUCAAACAAUUUUUCCACUGCCUUCACAGACGAUUUUGAUGCUGAAAGGGGCAUAAGGGAAAUAGAGAGACUACUUGAAGAAGCUGAAUAUGAUGAAAUACUCAGAGAUGUAGAAGACUCGACUCGCUGA